AUGCAUGAGCGCAAGUGUGAACAGUACUGGGACGCCGAGGAUGACUUUGACGUGCAGGAGUUCAAGGUCACUGUUGCAGACACAACGUCAUAUGCCCAAUACACAGUCCGAACUCUUAAAAUAUCGAAGCCAAACAGUUCCGACUCGCCCCGUUCGGUGACGCAGUACCACUUCACAGCAUGGCCAGACAAGAGUGUGCCUUCGUCACCAUGGUCACUCAUUCACUUCCGGAACAAUGUCAUGACCUCUGACAGAGAAAAGGGACCAAUCGUCGUGCACUGCAGCGCUGGAGUGGGUCGAACGGGAACCUUCAUUGGUUUGGACUGGCUGAUGCGAAUGGCUGACGAGGUUGGCCACGUUGACGUCUACGACUGCGUUGAACGCAUGAGGGCAGACAGGGUUAACAUGGUCCAAACAUUGGACCAGUACAUCUUCCUGCACGAGGCGCUCGCCAUGUCCGUCCUGCUUCCGCCGCCACAGUCAAGUCACGCGUUCCUUUCCCAGCCAACCAUUGACGACGCUGCCCUGAUGUCAGAGUUCAUGAAACUGAAUUCUUUCAUUGGCGAAGACUCCGAGAGAAACAAGGAAUCCGCCGGGUUUACACUGAGGUCCAGCGAGAGCACGAUGAGUCUCGAUGAGGGGAAUGGACCCAAAGACACUCCCGGAGAUGACAAUGACGGCUUGGAUUAUGCUGGUGUCGUCUUUGUUCCGGGUUUCUGGUAUCGCAAGCAGUUUCUGCUGAUGGACACCCCGGAUCUGACCUCUGCCGACGAGUUCUACAGAUGGAUGUAUGACCUUGACAUUCAAACUAUUGUCACCUUGGAUCACGAUAAUCCAAAACUGUGGCCAGAAGUCAAUGACGUUGUUGAAUUCGACAGUUGUCGGGUGACGUGCACAAGCAAGGAGACUCAGGGGCGUGCUGUCGUUAGAACGCUUGUUUACCAGGAGGAGGACCUCGAGGCUACGAUGACCCACCUGACCUGUCCGGGAUGGGUGGACUCCACCAACCUGUCGGAAUCCCCCUACAUUGUGAUCGACUUUAUCAAGACGGUCAAGCAAAGUAUCAUCGCCGACAGACCAGUUGUAGUUCAGAGCAGUCCGUCACACGGUAACGGAGGUAUAUUCUGCUGUGUGUCGACUAUGAUGGACCAGGCGGAGGCUGACCAGACAGUGGCCAUCCCACACGUCAUUUCCCAGGUUCGAGCCUACAGACCAGAGGUCAUCCGGGAGCAUGGCGGAAUACAACCUGUGCUAUCAAUGUGUGAAGAGCCAUCUUGACGACACCCACGUGUACACCAACUACUAGACGCUCGACCAGGGAUGGUGACAGGUGCUGGAGUAUUGGUCGUGUCUGACAGAGGCGUGGUAGCAUGUGUUGGAUUGCUGUUAGGGAUAGUAGAACGUGAUAGUGUCUGAUGUGGACUAAGGGUAGUGACAUGCAGUGGCAUGUGUUGGAUUGCUGGUAGGGAUAGUAGAACGUGAUAGUGUCUGAUGUGGACUAAGGGUAGUGGCAGUGGCAUGUGUUGGAUUGCUGGUAGGGAUAGUAGAACGUGAUAGUGUCUGAUGUGGACUAAGGGUAGUGACAUGUAGUGGCAUGUGUUGGAUUGCUGGUAGGGAUAGUAGUACGCGAUAGUGUCUGAUGUGGACUAAGGGUAGUGACAUGUAGUGGCAUGUGUUGGAUUGCUGGUAGGGAUAGUAGUACGCGAUAGUGUCUGAUGUGGACU